AUGCCUACCCCAGCCGCAUUGCCUCCGUUGCCCUUCAACCCUGGAAGGGUACGAUCAUACCUUCUCCGUUUACCUUUAUUCACGCGAUUGGUGCUUUUGGUAAUUAUUGUGUUUUGGUUGUUGGAGCUGCAAACCAUCUGGGGUGUGAUACAGUGGGGAUCUUUGACCCCGAAUGAGAUUGGGCUUGGCACCAUGUAUCGUUUGAACACAUAUCCGCUCAUCCACAUAGGAUUUUUCCAUGCUCUACUAAAUUUACUGGCACUUACACCGUUACUGGAGCGCUUUGAAGCCGAGCACGGCACAUUGACUUCUGUUGCUCUGUUUAUUGGGCCUCUUUCUACGUUCCCGGCGGGUCUUUACCUCUUGGUUGAAAAGGUUAUCUUGCAUAGGAAUACUGCCGUGGUUGGCGCUAGUGUUUGGGUGUUCCUCCUUCUGGGAUCUGAAGCCAUUCGAACUUUUCGGUCUAAUCCGUACUUCAGUCUUGGGUCUUAUAGGAUUCCCACGUGGACAUCGCCUCUGGUCGCGUGUGUCAUGGUUUCGAUCUUGAUGCCAAACACUAGCUUUCUUGGCCAUCUCUGCGCAAUAGCUAUUGGAUACUUGUUCGGUCUCGGAUACCUCAAGUUCUUUGUCCCACCAGAGAAAGUUCUGAGAUUCAUCGAAGGGAAAUUGAACCUUUUGGGACGACUACCGCAUUACGUGUCUGUAGACCAAAAGACGUACGGACGGUAUGGAGUGCUGCCGACGACCAACAACGGGUCAGAGAGGCCGACUCCGAUGAGUUAUUUGGGAUCGACGCAGCGACUUGGUUCCACAGAUUAA